GGUCUUCGUGGAUUGUGGUUAUGGGUUAUCACAAUUUUCUCGUUCGGCCUGUUUCUUAGAGGCGAGGAACCUCUGCGGCUCAAAGUAAAGCACUUAAAGCUCCCAAGGAACUAUAACAUUAAUUCUGGAAAGAUACCUAUGCGAAUAGAUGUCAAAAUUCCAUGGUCUAAAGCAGACAGAAAGGCAAAAGGUGUAUCAUUAACAYUAUGGGCUAAUCCGAUACAUCAUGACUUGUGCCCCGUUAGAGCCCUCAUUGCUUGGCUUUUUGUUUCAGGUGUAAGAAAGGGCUAUAUAUUCCCGAGAAUAAAGAAAAACAAUUUAGGGGUUUGCAACAGAAGUUGCCAUGGUGUGCAUAAUUACCGGCGAAGAUUUAGCGAGAUGUGCCAAAAACUGUUUGGGAAAAACUACACAACGCAUUCCAUUAACUGUAUUUGAAACUCUAUUGACCGACUCUUUACCGAAAAGUCGGCACAUUAUAUAUCAUACAUUCUCAUACAUGUGCGAACCGUUGACUGACUCUCAGGCUGAUCAACUCGCAUGAAUCCAACAGCAAAUAAACUUCAACUGUAAAUUACUUUUGAAUUAUUUUGAAAACUACCAUUUGCAAAUAUAAUUUUCUUUGUAAAGGCAUGAAGCGGCUGGAAAUACAAGUAAAAGUUAAUAUAACUUCUUGAUCGGUAA